CCCCCUCGCGCCCGUCGCCGGCGGCGCCGUCGCGUCAGGCGGCGCGGUUGCGUGACACGGCGGCGCGCGCACGGCGGAAGGCCGCGGGGCCGGCGGAGGCUCCGGUCCUACUGCUGCCAUGGCAACAGCCGCAGGUCGCCUGAUGCCGUGCCCCGGAGGGGCUGCCGUCGCUCCCGAGCGUUCCCCGCACGCCGGUGCCGCCGCCGGGCGGCCCUGCCGGCGUCGUGAGGGAUACUGAGGCCUCCUCGGCGGUACCGGAGCGGCGGGUUUGGCCGCGGGGCUGCGCGGCGGGAAGCCCCGCGCCGACAAUGCGGGAAGGAGAACUGAGAUAUACUGCGGUAAGAAAAACAGUAUGAUGGAUUCAGAACGUUCUGCCCCAACAAAUUCAAAGAAAUACCUAAGCAAUGACGUAACAGCUACCUCUGGUAAACAUUAUCUUUGUGGCUACUGUGCGGCCUUCACAAAUAUCUCAGUCACUUUUCCCAUCCAGAAGGUUCUCUUUCGACAGCAGUUGUAUGGUUUGAAAACAAAGGAUGCGGUACAUCAGCUGCAGAAGGACGGACUUAGAAAUCUCUAUCGUGGCAUCCUUCCUCCGUUGAUGCAGAAAACGACAACGCUGGCUCUGAUGUUUGGCUUGUACGAAGAUUUCUCCUCCCUGCUCCAUUGCCACGUGAGCGCUCCUGAACUACUCACUCGCAGCAUGGCAGCAGUGCUUGCAGGGACCACGGAAGCUAUUCUUACACCUUUUGAGAGAGUUCAGACUUUGCUUCAGGACUACAAACACCAUGAUAAAUUUACAAACACUUACCAGGCUUUCAAGGUACUGAAAGUCUAUGGGAUGAGAGAAUAUUAUCGGGGAUUGGUGCCCAUUCUGCUCCGCAAUGGGCCCAGUAAUGCACUCUUCUUUGGCCUACGGGGACCUAUCAAGCAGUGCCUGCCUGAAGCAACUUCUUACAGCACUCAUUUAGUCAAUGACUUUAUCUGUGGAGGGCUGUUGGGUGCCAUGCUGGGAUUCUUGUUUUUCCCAGUGAAUGUUGUAAAAACUCGCAUGCAAGCUCAAAUUGGUGGUGAAUUUCAGUCCUUCUCAAACGUUUUUGUGAAGAUAUGGCUGGAACGUGAUAGAAAGCUGAUACACCUUUUCAGAGGGGCCCAUCUGAAUUACCAUCGCUCUGUCCUGUCCUGGGGCAUAAUCAAUGCAACCUACGAAUUCUUGCUAAAGAUGUUGUGAAAACCACUGUCUUCCUUUGGCUCUUCUGUUCAUUUGGGUAUUGGCAUGUGUGAUGUCACUUAAUCCCAGGGAACAGUGCCUGCGUAGUGUGAAAGGUAAUUAGUCUUGGCCUUCAGUAUUUAUGGGGUGAAUGGUGAUGCAUCUAAAUCUUGGUGCAAUUAAGAUGAAAGUUUGAAAGUAUUUAUUUGCUGGCAAGUGAGUUUUCCCAUAAUGGACCUAAUAGACAAAUACAAAGUUUUGGAGAAAAAGGAAAAAAAAAAAAAAAAAAAAAAAAGAGUAUUAUAUUAGUCCUGCAGCUUGUUCUGUAUCACUCCCAAAAUUUCUUAACGCUCUGUGAUGGAAUGUACUCCACCAUCCACAUUGUAGAAUAUAAAAAAUAAAGGAGGGGCUGAUGAAAAUUGAUUCCCUUAACCUGACAGACUUCAAAAUCUCAGUUUAAGAACUGCAUUUUCAAAUGCUUCUGGGUCCCAAGAACUUCUUACUGUUUAAAUCUAAAUGGAUGGCUCCAGUUUGAGGAUGACUGAAGCUUAGACUUCAAGCUUAAAACUAAGCCUACACAAACUCUUCUGCCAGCUGUUUUGAUGCUUGGCUUUGAGAUGAACAUUUCAUUCAGCAGUGUUAAGAGAAGUUACUGAAUGUUUAACUUCAGUGUAAGCGGACUCCAGUUCAAAGUGGGAUCUCUGUGUGUACAUGUCUGUGUGCCUUCAUGUGAAAAGGGAAGAGUAGAAGGAAGGAAACACCAAAUUUAGUAAAGCUUUAAAGUGUCCUUCCUUGUUAAAAAAAAAAAAAAACAAACCUUCUACUUGUAAACAUCAAAUUUAUUCUGCUUUUUGUUGGGGUUUUUGGUGGUGGUGGGUUUGGGUUUUGGUUUUUUUUUUGGUUUUUGUUUUUGCAUUGCUGCUUUUUCUGUUGCUUAAUUCUGUGGGGCCAGGAAGAAAAUGGCCCUUUCUGUAAUACAAAAUAGUCCAGCCUCCUGCAGCUGUGACAGUAGUUCACAAACACAGCUCUUUUGUACUGAGAUUUCUUGUCUUUUGCAAAUUACUUCUGUUUUAUUUGGGCUGUGGAAUAAUGGAUCACAAGGAGGUGGAUUUUACCUGAAACUUGGGAGUUCAGCCUGCUUGUUGUGUACUCUAAAACAAGUUCAGUAAGACAGAUGUACAGCAGCACUGACAAGAUGAGGUUUUUGGUCUGUAAGUGUAGCAGAGACAGUAGCCAAAGAUGACUUUGGAAGCAGCUAGGUAGGAAAGAUACAGCGCUUGGAGAUGUGUUUGUGGACUUCUGUAGGUGAGGCAUGAAAAAGACUUCACCGAAGUAAGAAGUGUCAAGUGUCUGACAGGCUUGGGAGGUGAGACAGGCAAGACUUGAGGCCUGAGAGAAAGGGAAAGAAGAGCAAGCGUGACCACGAACAAGGUGACUGUCUUAAUACAAAGCAUUUGAUUCUCUUGGGGGACUCCCUGUGAAACUAUACAUAUAUAUAUAAUUAUUUUGGAUGAUGGGGGACAGGAAAGCUUUCAGAAGCUGGUGUGACUUGAUCUUCUCGUAAGUUUUGGAGUGGCUAUUACUUUGCAUUUUCCAUUUGCUAAACUGUCCUCAAAUACCGAUGGUAAUCAGUGUGCUAUAAUCAUAAUAGAGUCCCUAGCUUCACAGUCAAAAAUGGCCAGGCACAAGUGAGCAUUCUUGUAUCCAAAUGUUGUGAUUAUUUGCAUUUAAAUAAAAUGUUUACUGAAUGUUUGUUAUUGGCAGAUUCUGAUUUUUACCAGUGUACUGUUGGGGGUUUUUUUUUGUAAUCACUCCUUGAUGGAAUAAAGACAUUUGCAUCCUG